AUGGUGGGAAUUGACCAGUUUUUCAAAAAGAGUGGCACCAGAGAACAACCGUCUCGAAAACCAGCAGCUCAUGUCUCUCAGGCGACAACGAAAGGAGCACCUAAAAUCAAUAAAACAGAACAUAUUGAGCUAGUGGAUUCAGAGGACGACAUAGAAAAUAUUACAAGUAGGACGCGUGCAGAAAAGGAGGAUACAUCGUUAAAGAUUUUGGAUAGUGACACACAACCCAUGAAACAGGCCAGAACUUCGUCAAUGCCUUUCAAGGGAAAAGGAGCAUCGCCUACCAAGCCUAAACCAAAAAUCUCUUCCCCGGAGAAAAAGGGCAAAGCGACCCCGAAGCAUGAUUCUGGAAGUGAAUCUCUUGAGGAUAUCUUAGCAAAAAUCCCAUCUGUCAAUCUAGACGCUGUGCAUGUUAAAGAAAAUAUCCAGUUUGAUUUUAGAGGUGGGGCACAAAAUGAUAACUCUUCUCAAGAUACUGGAAAUGACGAUGAUUUUGCCAAAGGUGCGCCAAACUGUCUUCUGGGUUUAACAAUCGUAUUCACGGGCCAACUGCCGACUUUGGAGAGAGGCGCCGCGGAGGCCAUUGCCAAAAAAUAUGGAGCCAAGGUUACCAAAUCCAUUUCAAGCAGGACGUCUCUGGUAGUUCUCGGUGAUGAGGCAGGACCGAAGAAAGUUGAGAAGAUAAAAAGUUUGAAAAUAAAAGCCAUUGAUGAGGACGGCUUCAGGCUUUUGAUUUGUGGGAUGCCCGAGGAAGGAGGCGAUAAUGCUGGAGCGGAAAAGGCGCGCCAAAAACUCAAAGAACAGGAAGAGGAAGCUCAGAAGGAAGCUGAGCAAAUGGCUCGGCGUGAAGAAGAGGAACGUAACAAACGUAAAAAAAUACAACAAAGUGGAAAUCCUUCAAAGGACUCCAAAGCGGUAACGCGAGAGGAAGAUAAGUUAUGGACCGUUAAGUAUGCACCCGUGUCAUUGACCCAAAUAUGUGGCAACAAAACUAGCGUUAACAAGUUGAAGACUUGGUUAAGCAAUUGGAAGAGCUACCAAAAAGCUGACUUCAAAAACUCUGGUCGAGAUGGCCUUGGUAUUUUUAGAGCAGCAAUGCUUUACGGGCCCCCGGGAAUUGGUAAGACUACAGCAGCCCAUUUGGUCGCCAAAGAGCUAGGCUACGAUGUACUCGAAAAAAAUGCAUCUGACGUUAGGUCCAAGUCCUUGUUAAAUGCUGGCGUAAAGAAUGCCCUGGACAAUACAUCAGUAGUCGGCUUUUUCAGAUCAAAGGUUGACGGGGACACGAAACAGAAAAAUUUUGUCAUUAUAAUGGAUGAAGUGGAUGGAAUGAGUGGUGGGGACAGAGGGGGCGUUGGUCAGAUGGCACUCUUUUGCCGCAAAACGUCUAUGCCGAUGAUACUUAUUUGCAACGAAAGAAAUUCGCCAAAGAUGCGUCCUUUCGAUAGAGUAUGCCUUGAUAUACAGUUCAGAAGACCAGACGUGAAUAGCAUCAAGGCUAGACUCAUGACGAUUGCAGUAAGGGAAAAAUUCCAAUUGGAUCCGUCUGUCAUUGAGAAUCUGGUCGAGGCCACGAGAGGUGACAUCAGACAGAUCAUUAAUCUUUUGUCGACCAUCUCUACCACGACAAAAAAGAUUGGGCAUGGCAACGCUCAAGAAAUUGCAAAGGCUUGGGAGAAAAACAUUGCUUUAAAACCAUUCGACAUUACGCAUAAAAUGUUUGACGGGCGCAUCUUCUCUGAGAUAGGUUCCAAGAAUUUCCCACUAUACAAAAAAAUGGAGCUUUACUUUGAUGAUUUCGAUUUUACUCCGCUCAUGAUCCAGGAAAAUUACCUGCAAACUAGGCCAUCUGUGUUGAAACCGGGCCAAACUCAUUUAUCGGCAAUCGCGGAUGCUGCUGAAAGUAUAUCGCAAGGUGAUCUUGUAGAGAGGAAAAUACGUAGCAGCGAACAACUGUGGGGUCUCUUGCCCUUCCAUGCCAUUAUGUCAUCAGUGAAGCCUGCGUCAAAGGUUGCUGGUCAGAUGGCCGGCCGGAUUAAUUUUACUUCAUGGCUCGGUCAAAACUCGAAAACUGGCAAGUAUUUUCGUUUACUACAAGAAAUUCAGUACCACACAAGGCUGAGCACCUCAACAAACAAGUUAGGCUUUCGAAUGGACUAUAUGCCAACUAUGAAACGAAGACUAUUAGAUCCAUUACUACGCGACGGUAGUGAUGGUAUCACCGAAGUGAUUCAGGUGAUGGACGAGUAUUAUCUGUCUAAAGAAGAUUGGGAUUCCCUAAUGGACUUCAUGAUCGGAAACGAUAAGACAGAGACCCUGAUAAAGAAAAUUCCAACGGCUGUUAAAAGUGGUUUCACGCGAAAAUACAACGGAAUGGUUCAUCCUGUCGCAAUCUACAAGACAGGUGCUACAACUGCAGUCGGGGGCAGAGCCAAAGAAAGACCAGACUUUGAAGACGUUGUUGAUGCAGAUGAUGAGGUUCCCCCCGCUGAUGAUGAUGAUAAUGAGAUCAAGGACGACACUGAUUUUAAAAAGGACAAAUUGAUCAAACAAGGUAAACCAAAAGCCUCUAAAAAAAGGCCAGCUAAGGCAGCAACAAAGGUUGCAGCAAAAAAGCGUAAAGCAUGA